CCCCUCCCCCCUAAGGCAAUCUUAUUGUGAGGUGUUCUUUUAUACCUGCUCUCUCCAACUCCAUUCGUUGUGUAGAUAAACUCUUCUAAGAAUCAAUCUUUUUGCAUCUAUACACAAAAAGUUUGAAUCUUUAUCACAAAAAUAGCAAAUUUAGCAUCUGGGAAUUUCUAACAGGGGAAUUUUAUGAAGUGGGUCAAGAGCAUUUUGUGAAUUUGUUCCUUUUUUGAGCAAGAUUAAAGGUGGAAUUUGCAAAAAAAGAAAAAGAAAAAGUUGGGUGUCAUUAUCUUUUGGAAUUUGGAGAAGACAAGCAUACAUAUGUUAAUACGGUGAAAAAGUUAAUUUGACAAAUGUGUUAUGACUUGUGUUCUUGUUCUUUGAUAUAUUUGUGCAAGUUUUGAAGAUUAUUUGAAGUAUGGAGAUGAGAUUAUGUGGUUGUGAGAUAUUGGUAUUAGGAGCUUUUUGUAUUUGGACAUGGCUAAAUGUUGCAUAUGCAACUCUUUCUCCUUCUGGUGUCAAUUAUGAAGUUGUAGCUUUAAUGUCUAUAAAAGAUGAUCUAAAGGACCCAAGAAAUGUUAUGGACAAUUGGGAUUUAUCCUCUGUAGAUCCUUGUAGUUGGAGAAUGGUUACUUGCAACUCUGAUCGCUCUGUUUUGGCUUUAGGGCUUCCUAGUCAAAACUUAUCCGGGAAAUUAUCGCCAGCACUAGGAAAUCUUAGUAACUUGCAAUCCAUUACGCUACAGAACAACGCAAUCUCUGGGACGAUUAUGGAUGCAAUAGGGAAAUUGCAGAAGCUUCAAACGCUUGAUCUGUCAGGAAAUCUAUUCAGUGGUCAGCUGCCUAGUUCUUUAGGGGAUCUCAAGAACCUUAACUUUUUGCGUUUGAACAACAAUAGUCUUACUGGCACGGUUCCUGAAUCUUUGUCGGAAGUUGGAGCUCUCACUCUUGUAGAUGUCUCGUAUAACAAUCUCAGUGGUCCUUUGCCAAAACUAUCCGCAAGAACGUUUCGAAUCAUAGGCAACCCUUUACUUUGUGGGCAGAAUUCUGCAAAUAAUUGUUCAAAUAUAUAUCCGGAGCCUCUUUCUUUUCCACCAGAUGGUUUCACAGGCCAACCGUCAGCAAAUAAAAAAAGUCACCAUUUGGCUGUUGCUCUCGGGACAAGCUUAAGUGCUGCAUUUCUAAUUAUCCUAGUUAUCACAUUGCUCCUAUGGUGGAAAUAUCGUAAAAACCAACAAAUAUUCUUUGAUGUUAAUGAACAUUAUGAUCCAGAGGUAUGCUUAGGCCAUUUACGGAGAUACACAUUUAAGGAACUUCGUGCUGCCACCGACCACUUUAAUGCUAAAAAUAUACUAGGCAAGGGUGGAUAUGGAAUUGUUUACAAAGCGACACUGAAUGAUGGUACGACGGUAGCUGUUAAAAGACUGAUAGACAGUAAUACCUUUGGAGGCGAAAUUCAAUUUCAGACGGAGGUUGAAACAAUUAGUUUGGCGGUUCAUCGUAACCUUUUACGCCUUUGGGGAUUUUGCUCGACUGAAAAUGAGCGCCUUCUUGUCUACCCGUUUAUGCCAAAUGGCAGUGUUGCAUCAAGAUUAAAAGAUAAUAUCCAGGGAAGGCCCGUUUUGGACUGGUUGAGGAGAAAGAGUAUUGCUUUAGGAACGGCACGGGGUUUGCUGUAUUUGCAUGAGCAGUGUGACCCGAAAAUCAUACAUCGUGAUGUUAAAGCAGCAAACAUACUUUUGGAUGAAGAUUUUGAGGCUGUUGUUGGUGAUUUCGGGCUGGCAAAGCUAUUAGACCACCGUGAUUCUCAUGUUACCACAGCUGUUCGUGGCACCGUGGGCCACAUUGCCCCUGAGUAUCUCUCAACUGGCCAAUCUUCAGACAAAACUGAUGUUUUUGGUUUCGGGAUUCUCCUUCUUGAACUAAUUACUGGACAAAAAGCUUUGGACUUUGGAAGGGCUGCCAACCAGAAAGGCAUAAUGCUAGACUGGGUAAAGAAGCUCCAUCUAGAAGGGAAACUAAACCUAAUGGUGGAUAAAGCACUGCAAAAUGAAUAUGACAGGGUCGAGUUGCAAGAAAUGGUUCAAGUUGCACUGUUGUGUACUCAGUUUAGCCCCGGUUAUCGUCCAAAGAUGUCAGAAGUAUUAAGAAUGUUGGAAGGAGAAGGGUUAGUGGAAAGAUGGGAAGCAUCACAAAGUGUUGAAACCCCACGAUUUCAGGGUUUAGAAAGUAUUCCACAAAGAUAUUCAGAUUACAUUGAAGAAACUUCACUUGUAGCCGAAGCAAUGGAGCUUUCUGGUCCAAGAUGACAUUUGCUCCUCAUUGUCAUGUAUAUUGUAGUUUUGUGUGGUUGUGGAUAUUUGUUGCAGCGUAAUGUGUAGAAAAAAGGUAAAGGGAAAUACCGUUGGUAUAAAGUUUUAUUUAAGUGUUUAACACAAUUAAGCGAAGUCACUCGAUAGCAAAUGUAUAUGUUUUGGUUUUUUA